AGAGAGUGAGUGAGAGAGAGUGUGAGCAGAAGCAACAGCAGCAACCAUCACCAUGAAAGAUAACAGGAGUGUCAGUGUGUGUGACACAGAGCUGGGGGAUACACGUCCUCACAACCUCCUCCACCACCUUAUUUACCCUUCCAUUCUCACCUCAGAGGCAGACAACAUGGAAUUGGAAAAUAAGGAAAACAACUCUGGUCAAGAAGAAUUGGAGAAUGUGUCUAACCUCAUCUCAUCCUUGAGACGGCUUGAGAUUGAGCAUCUCACAUCCCAGGACCUUCCAGAGUUAGAGCACUCCCUUGCACAGGUUACCUUAGAUGAACAUGACAUCCAUGAAACCCCUUCAGAAGAUAAGUUUUGUUUGCAGAAAGUGGAACAUGACAACAAGGAUAGAGAUUAUCUGCAUGAGGAAAAUGAAACUACUUUUAACAAGAAAGAUGAUGACAAAGAAAUACCUAAAGAGAAUGAUGAUGAUGAAGAAGAAAGUUUUUCAUAUGUGACUACAGAGAAGAGUAAGGUAAUUCCAGAACAAAAUGCUAGCCUUGAAGAGAAACAGAACAGCAUCUCUACUCCAACAAAAGAAGCUACACAUGAGCAAGAGGAACAUGGCAGCAAGGAUAGAAAUUCUCAGCAUGAGGAAAAUAAAAAUACUUUUAUUAAGAAAGAUGAUGACAAAGAAACAUCUACAGAAAAUGAAGAAAAUUAUUCAAAUAAAACUACAGAGAAGAGUAAGGUAAUUCCAGAACAAAAUGCUAGCCUUGAAGAGAAAUGGAACAUCAACUCUACUCUAACCAAAGAAGAAGCUACACAUGAGAAGAUAGAUUUGCCUACUAAACUGAAUGUUGAACAAGAGAAAAAAGAAGCUAAGAAAGAUAAAGACAAAAAGGAGGAAGACGAUUAUAACAGAGACAAGAGCAAAGUGGAGAAAGAAGAAGAGGAAGAGGAUCAUUCAGAUGAUGAAAAUCCAGCAGAUGAUGACUGUGAGCUUCCCAAAGUAAAUGAGAAGCCUUUCAGGCUUGUCCGGAGAGGACCCGGAAUAAAUGUGCAGCAGAAUGCUUAUUAUCAUGUUGGUCAUGAAGCUCCUUCUGCCUUUCCUGAGAGUCAGUUAUGGAAUUUUACAGCUGGGGCUCCUUCCAGCGGGUUAUUGACUCCCCAGCAUGCCCAGUCCCCGGGAUAUUCAGGAGUCUCACCUAUGCAUGGAGGAGUGACGGACUAUAUUCACCAACAUGUGCAGUGUCAGGCUCCACAAGCAAUCUCUCCAGGCUAUCCGGAUAUGUCACCUACCCACGGUGUAUUACCAGACAACUUUCAAUAUAAUAUGGUCCCUGAUAGGACUUUGGAAGCACCCAUGUCUAUGAUUACUCACCCAGCAGCACUUGACGAAUGCAGCUACAACAUGCCUACAUAUCUUCCACCUGCAAGUGACGUAGAUGGAAAUUAUUAUGGGUCCUUGACAGGUAGUUUUAUAAUCCCCGACAGCCCUCCAAUAUCUAGUCCGGAUGAAAAUGAGAACUAUCAACAUGGAUUUGGUAGUAGUCCACCAUCACCUGAUCAAGACAUAAAUUAUCUUCUAGAAGCAAUUUAUGAAGUGAUGAAUAACAAAGAAACAACUAUUGUUCCUCCUCAAGAAUUAGAAAAUAUUAUCAGGCACUUGACAGAUGAGAUUGAAGUGCCUGCAACUAACAUCUCGCAGAUGAGGAGAGGCACUUCUCAGACUUUGAAUUACAGUUCAGAGCCUUCACCUCCCAUGUUUAAUUCAUUUCAAACACUGGAACCUGGGAUAGAAUACGACAAUAUACCUGCAUCUCAUUCCCAAGGUCUUGUACUUCGAGAAAUGCCUGACACAGAGUGGAAGAUGGUUCCUGACCCAAGACGUCUCAGAGAAGCUCGCAGGCAGAUGGCAAGGAUAACAAACGAAGAGCUUGUUAAAAAGGAUGAGGAUGGCGACACGCUUUUCAUUGUUCUGGCAUGUCAGAAAUUAGAGACAGAGAACUACACAGAGUUACUAAUAGCAGUGCUAGAGCGUCUCGAAGGAAUAAAUUUGUGCUGCGAUAGAGUGAUAAACAGAGUCACUAAACGAUGUGAUGAGUGCGGCAAUGCUGACCAAUCCAGAUUCUAUUCUCCAUUGGGCAUGAAGAAUCAUGAGGGUGACUCGAUUUUAAGCUCUGUGGUAAAAAUGAAGCAUCCAGUGACUGUCAUCAACUACAUCAUUGAAAAAAUCAGCCAUUCCCCAAGUGAUGUUCAACGCAUUUUUGACAACUCUAGUAUCGACAUUUACUAUUGUUCUCAGAUAUACUACCCAAACUUGUCAAGGUUUAUGGUAUAUCCUCAAACAACCUGCAGCCAAGGCAACUCCCUGGUCACUCAGCUAACUAUAGGCCAGACCCACUGAUACUUAACCUUUAAGCUGCCGAUGAUGUAAAUAUGUGCCAUCUGGGGAAAUGCAGCUGAUGUAUAUUUAUGCCAAAAUUCUAGGACCUACAAAAUGGUCCCAAUUGGCCUGGUUAGGACUACGUCAGAGAAAAUAGAUGUGCACAAAAUGAAACUAUGUGUGUUACUUGCAGGGCAUUGUGGGAGCCAGUAAAUGCCAUUUAAAUUUGUUUAGUGUGAUUAAACAAUAAAUAUAAGUGAAAUAUGAAAACAUGGAUGUAGGUAUAAAAUAUAUGAUCCAGAAAAAAUUGGGGAAAAUGUAAAAAGUCAUAAAAUUUUACAUAGCAACAACUUUCUUGCAGUGGCAGGCACAAAUUGCCAUAAAGCUUUCGUCAACGUCACCUUCAAACCUUCACAUCUCCGUUUUUGUGAAUAUCUGCUGGAUGACUGUUAAGUUGAAGAGACUAAAAUAUAGUAAGGAUUACUGUAAAAUGGUGGUUUUGCUAAAUGAAUGGGAGGAUUUGAUAAUUUGCUCACUAUUAUUAUUCAGUUUUCCACUACAGUAAUAUACUUAUUAGCUGAUAUGGUGGACCUGUGCAUAAUUAUAUACUCCAAGACAAAGGUCAAGAUGUACUAUCCAAAAUCUUUGCACAAAAAGAUUAGUAACUGAUUACAUUAAUAGUACACAAUAUUGAAUAAUACCUGUGCAAUACUUGAGUAUCCUUAUUGAUGAAUUGUUUUGCUUGUCAGCAGGCUUCUUCAGUCAGAUACAAAGGUGUCUUGAAUAUUGGAAGCAGCAGUAGUAGUGGAGAGGUAAAUAGGCAAUUCCCCACCCUUGAAGUAAUUUUGAAGUGGUUAGUUCCUCAGCCUUGGUAAGUAGUCAGUGCCAUAGUUUUGAUCAUUGAAUCAUGGCUCUAGAGCAGAACACUUGCCAAGUAUGAGGGACUAACCAUCUCAAAAUUAGCUCAAGGCUGAGGGACUGAUCACCUCAUAUUUACCACUUCACUGCUAAUGCUGUCUCUAAUAUUUAAUCACCUCUGUAUAGACUGAAGAAGCCUGGUGAGCAGGGAAGAUGUUUACACAGUAAAGAUACCCAACUGUUGCACAUGUAUCUCUCUCGUCUAGUAAUUGACUGUUUUCUGGUUUUAUUUUCACUGAUUACAUUGGUAAGAGCAUGGCAAUAUACCUUGUCAUAGAUCAUGCAUUUAUAUGGAGAAUGUUUCAGCAUACUUCCACACCUGGUGGAAAAUAUUACUGGAGGCUUCUUUUAAGUAAUUGGGAAUAUUUUAUUCUGUGUAAUAUAAGUUUAAUCUAGUGAAGGAUGCUAAUUAGUUUUACCAUACCUUGUUAUAGUGUAUCUAUACCUAUUUUUCUGUUGUGGUAAUGUAUAUUAUGUGCAUAUGAGGCUGAGUUGCCAAACAAACCAACUUGUAUAUUUUUAAUUUAUGGGUUAAUAUAUAUAUAUAUAUUCAUGUUUAUAUAAAUUUUAUUUGGUACCAAAACAAACUGGGUAACUUUACCUUGUUAUAAUUUACAUAACUGGCUAUAGCUUACUGUAUAUUAAAGUACUGUAAUUAGUUUCCAUAUUUUCAUUGGAUAAUGUUCACAGCAGAUGUCUAGUAUCAAUACAAGUUUCAUUCAGAUUAAUGUAUGCCCUAAUUUAAUAGUGUAUUUUGUUAGAAUUUAACACUACCUUUGCAGAUCAAACAAAAUGAUACCUAAAUUAAACGGGCAUCAUGAAAUAACUUGCCAGUUUUACCCUCAUUUGGUAUAGCCUUUUAAGUUUCAUCAAAAUGUAUUGCAUGUUAGUGGCUUUCUUUUGUGCCUAACCAUAUUUUAUUACAUGUAAACUACAUUAUUUUGUAUACUGCAGAAAAGAAAGAAAUUGUUUGUCAGAGCAGCAAUGUUUUUUAUUAGUGACAUGUAUAAAAUCCAGUACAGUAUUAUGCAAAAUGUAUGGGGGUAUGACAGUGUAAUCAAUGAAAUACUGUACUAUUCAUAUUGUAUAUACCAUCUUGUAUUAUAAUUUAUAAUUAAAAUCAUGAGGGAGUGCUAAACCUGUAGGAUUAUACAGUCCAUGUGGGGGGGGAGGGGAUGGAAGGUAUUCAGGGAACUGGAACACAAGAUCCAAUUCCCUAGAUCAAGAGCCCCUCACCCUCAUCAAGGAACCUUCCUUGAGGGAUUGUAUUUUAAUGAUUAUUAAAAUUGUCAUUGAAUUUUGUCAAGUUGCAGUAAAUUGUCAUUACAUAUAUAUUUCAACACGCCAACUGUCUCCCACCGAGGCAGUUUUGUACAUCUGAACACCAUCCUCAUCUUAAUAGUCUGUGUUGUGUGUACUAUUAUAUAUUUAAAUUUGGCAUGGCAUAACUAAUUGCUAAAGAAGUGCAUUUUGACUAAUGCACAAGUGCAUCAAACAUUCCCUUGAAAAUGGGUAAUGGUAUGGAUGAGGUGCGCUUAAAUUUUUUAAUAAGUCAUAUUUCUUGUUACUGAUUUUCAUAAACGUUAUUAGUUUUUGUUAUUCAUGUGUUUUAGUACCAAGCUAAAGGUAGUUGGCCUAACAGCAAAUUGUGGGAUGAUUGUUGCUCUAAUUAUAUAAUGCUUUUCCUACUCAUCAAAACAAGACUGACAUUAAUCACUUUUUUCAGCUUCACUAUACAAUAUUUAAUCUCUUAAAAUAUUUCAUUUGUGUAUCAUUUGAAUUGACUUAAUGCAAUACCAAUAGUUUACUAAGGCUGAUGAUGUACAGUGUCGGCAAUAAUAAAAUGAACAUGUAAAAUAGUUCCAAAAGGCUUAGAGACCAAUGAAAUUUCUUGCCACCAAAUACAAAGGGUCCUCAGCUUACAAUAUUCAGACUUUAUUUUGCUUUCUUGACACUGUUAGAAUUACCUAAAUUAUAAUAAUAGUAUGAGCUGUGGGGAGGGAUGUGCAAAGGUUAGUGGAGGUGGGAGUUAGUGCAAGCGUAGGAUAUACUCAGCAAAAUACAUUUAUAGUUCAGCUUUACCAAAUGUUUUCAUACUGUGUGCGUGUGCUCAUUUUGUACAUGCAUUGAGUUUGCAUUCAUUUGGUUGAGAUUGGUCAGUAACUUGAAAUUUAAUAUUUACAAUUUUCUCAAGGUUGAAUUAAUUUAUUUUUUUUUUACCAAAUGCAUUUGUACUUUUUGCAUGUUCAUUUUAUGCAAGUAGAGAGAGCUCUCGUUUGUUUGAUCAGGAGUGGUCAACAACUGUAGAUUUGGUAUAAGAAGAGGGGAGCAUAGGGGUAAUCCUCCUGAUCCAUGCUAGGCAGGUUCUUGGAAAAUCAUAAAGCAAACUAUAUACUGUAUAGUUCUGAUACUUCUUGCUUUCUAUUUUGUGGAACUUAAUGUAAUAUCAUUAUAUUCCAAAUUCGUUAAAGUACUUUCAUAAAAUAUACAAUGUUAGGUAAAAAGACACAAGUGCAACCGAUGUGACAUUUUAUUGUGGCAACAUUUAGCUCUCCAGGAGCUUUAUCAAGCUGUAACAACUUGACAAAGCUCCUGGAGAGGGAAAAGCAACCACAGAAUGUCACAUUAGUUGCACUUGGCAGAAUUACCAACAAUGUUAGGUAAAAGGGCACAACAUUAAGAGAAUAGGUGCUUAAUGUUGAAAAAUACACUUGGCAGGAGUUGUAGGCAGCAUAUUUGUUUACACUGCCUUCCUCACCUCCCUGCUGGACCUGUAUGAGACAUUUUCAGGCUUAGCACUUGAUUAUAUUAGCAUUAUUAUUGGACCUGUAUGAGCAGAAUAGCAAGAACUCCUCCUCUCCCCCUCCCCAUCUGCUGCCUGCCCUGCAUGACAGCAGGAAUUCAUGCCAUACCCUGUCAUACAGUUGUUUUCACCACUACUUCCUGCACUUUACACUGUACCUAGACACCUGAAACCCUUACCAUUAAGGGAGAGAAUGAGCUUACAUAAAGGUUCUUAAGUUAGAUACAAUGCAAGAGAGGGUGGAGGUAAUUAUUAUUAUAAUCAAAAAGAAGCGCUAAGCCACAAGGACUAUACAGAGGGUGGAGGUAAGAAUUAGAGGAUGGACAGUCUAGUUGCUGUUGGCAGCUACACAUUUGUGCUGUGCUGUUACUGCAGUAUACUCUGUUUAUUAAGCAGGCCAACACUACAAUAAACAAUAUUUAUUACUAUUGUAAAUGACAAUACAGUACUGAUGUAAAAUAUUGGUAAAUAUUCUUUGUUCAAAAAUACAGUUCACCAAAAAUCUGCACUUGAGAAUCUUAUGACAUUUUAGUCAGUCUGGAUCACUGUCAAGUCAACUUUACAAUACAGCCUCUCUUCACUUAGCGACACAUUUACCAACAACUCAAGACUUACGACGGGCUCUGACCAACAUGCAUAUAUAAUGUAUAUUAGAGCUAUUUCCUCUAUUUUGUUGAAUACAAUAUAGACAGUAUACUACUGUAUAAACAUUAAAGAAUAUACCAGAAAUGUUAUAAAUGGUGCAAAGGCAACAUUAAAACAAUACAGAAAAUGGUUGACAGAAACCCACUACCAUUAUGGUAUGCACCUCACUUAGUGACGAAUUUGUUUACCGACAUGGUCUUAGGAACAGAACUCGGUUAAGUGAGCAGAGGCUAUAUUAUGGCUUGGGAACACAAGUCCUGAUUGUAACAUGGGUGUCUUUGAGAAAACAGGUUCUGAAAAAUUGAAUUGUGAUGAAAUUUUCAGGAACACAUUAACCUAAGUGGAGGGUCUAUUGUAUUCCAAAUCCAACCAGAAUUAGAUUAAUUGAAUAAGCUUUUUAGAAAGCAGAGAGACUGGCUGAUCCAUGUUUGUUUAGUACUUACUUGUAAAUUAAAUAUUAUUAUAAUAAUCAAAAAGAAGCGCUAAGCCACGUAAAUUAAAUAAUUUAGAAAGGAUGUAUUUUUUUUUUUUUAUUAACUGGGAGAAAACUGACCAAUUCAUAUAUUUUCUUAUACAGUUUAGUCGUGUCUUGGUACGUUCUAAAAAUAAGGUUGUAUUAUUUGAUAAAUUUGCAUGUCAACAAUUAUUAUAAACUAAAAAGCAGCGCUGUAUAGCCCUUGUGGCUUAGCGCUUCUUUUUGAUUAUAAUAAUAAUAUAAACCAAAAAGAUUCAUAUUCUUGUCAACUAAUAAAUAUUUUCCAUUGUUAUUUUUCUUUGUAUUCAUUUCUUAUGAGAUUCUGAGGUAGGUUUACAGUUGAUAGUUCAAUCUGAAGGUAUCAAAUACCACAUGAAUAUGUAAUGUAUAGUAAGUGAUGUACAAUAUUAGGGCUUUCAGAAUAAAAAUUUAAAACAUUGUGGGCAUUAACUGCAAAGUAUUUACUCUCCCCAUCCUUUGCAUGUUCUUUCCAUUUAAAAGAGUACAAAUAUAUUUUAGUGUAAAUUUUCAAACUCAAGUUAUAUAAAUUAUCUAACCCUUACUCAUGGUAUGUCAUGUGAAACAAACUCCAAUGUGUUUGAAAGUGCAAUGACGAUAGUACUGUUACUGUACUUGAAACUAAAGAUGCACAAAUAUAACUGACCUCUUAUUUUUUUUUAUCAUACAGUGGAAGAUUUUCUUUAUAUACCAUUAUUUUUUUAUAAUUAUAGUUAGGAGAAGCACUAAACCCACAGGGGUCAUACAGUGCCUCAGACAUUGGAAGCAAUCAGGUUUGAUGCAAGCAGAGUGCAAGUCCAAUUCCCUGAAUCAAGAGCCACUCACCAGCAAAGAAUCUCCCUUAAAGUAAUGGUGCUAAUAAUAUUGGGAAAUAAUAAUGGAGGCGUCUUGAUGACAGUGAGGUGCUGUUUUAGUCGAGGCUUUGAAUCUAUUCUCCCUUUCCUUGGCUCAAACCUGAUUGCCUUCCCUUUCUAUAGCUCCUAUAUGACCCCUCAGGAUUAAUUUCUCCUCCCUGUCCUUUAUGAAUGUAAUAAAGGAGACACUUGAUAGGUUGAAAAACAUGUUUUGGGAUAAGUCAAUGUGUGACAUUUAAAAAUGAGCACAAAUGGAAAUUAGUAUCUGGUGCAGUUUUGAAUUAAACCAAAUGAAUACCUGACCAUUUAUGUAUGACAAGGUUGUGUGUGCUAGUGGAGUCUACUAUCUUGCAUGGCAAUCAAAUUAUAGGAUUGUUGCUUGGAAUUUCUGAGGUACAGUAAUUGUUCUAGCUAUAUUUCAUGUUACACUGCUUAUGCAAUAAAAUACAAUUAAGUUG